AUGGCAACAACAACAUCUCACAACAAGAAAUCAAGUGCUGUUAAACGAAUUCUAUCAGAAGCACGAGAAUUGAAAGAAGCAACGUCAGAAUAUACUGCAUAUCCACUAGACGAUAAUAUCUUUGAGUGGCACUUCACGCUUCGUGGACCAUCACAAUCGGAAUUUGAAGAAGGAUACUAUCAUGGAAGGAUCUUGUUGCCCGUCGAAUAUCCAUUUCGUCCACCUGAUGUGAUGAUCUUGACCCCAAACGGAAGAUGGGAACUAAACAAAAAGAUUUGUUUGACAUUCACAGGAUUCCAUGAAGAAAUGUGGCAGCCUGCCUGGGGUAUCCGAACGGCUUUGAUAGGAGUACAAGCGUUCAUGUCUGCAAGAGCAGAAGCAGCAGUGGGAAUCGGAAGCUUGGAUUAUCCAAUCGCAGAAAGGGAAAGGCUGGCAAAAUUAUCCGGUGAUUGGAAAUGCCCUGUAUGUGAUACGAUCAAUCGAGAAACACUGCCAAGUGCAGAGAGUGCUUCACGCAUACAUGAAGAUUUGCCGGAUGGGCUGACUAUC